CCAUAGCCAUGGCUGCCGGGAGAGCGGCUAGGACCAGGCUAAACGGGCUCUUCGCUGUGUACAAACCCCCCGGGGUGGCUUCGAUCAGGGUGCGGGACACCGUGGAGACCCUGCUCCUGAAAGAACUGAACUCUCUGGAACAGCCAGCUGUGCAGCAGCAAGUACGCUUCCUGCCCACCACUGUAGAAGGAAGUGCUGGGAAAGAGCUGACCCUCACUGUUACCUGGUUGCCUGUCCUGGCUGCCCACCCACUAGUUAGAGGACCAGAAUUCACUCACUUGAAAAUCGGAGCAGGUCACCGUCUGGAUACAAAGUCAUCUGGAGUGUUUGUGCUUGGAGUGGGCCAUGGGAACAAGCUGCUCACUGAUAUGUACAAUGCCCAUCUUACUAGGGCUUAUACUGUUCGUGGACUGUUUGGCAAAGCCACAGAUGACUUCUCAGACACAGGCAGGCUAAUAGAGAAGACCACAUUUGAUCAUAUCACAGGGGAUAAGCUGGAGCGGAUUCUUGCUGUCAUUCAGGGAACCAAUCAUAAAGCUCUGCUGAUGUACUCUAACAUUGACCUGAAAACUCAAGAGGCCUAUGAGCUGGCUGUUGAAGGUUUAAUUCGCCCGAUGGAAAAAACCCCUCCAUUAAUCACAGCAAUUCGAUGCCUCCAAUUUGCACCUCCAGAAUUCCAGCUAGAAAUCCAGUGUUUGCAUGAGACCCAGCAGUACCUCCGAAAAAUAGUUCACGAGAUUGGCUUGGAGCUGAAAUCAACUGCUGUGUGCACCCAGGUGCGGCGGAUACGGGAUGGCUUUUUCACACUAGACGAUGCUCUCCUGCGAACGCAUUGGAACCUGCAGAAUAUCCGGAAUUCAAUUAAAGACUCUAAGUUCAAAGUGAAAGUGGGGCUUCAGAGAAGCUUGAGCCACCAAGCUAGGAGUGGUAAAAGACAUACCGAUAUGGAUCAGGUUGCAGAGAGCGAACUGCACAGUACAGAGGGAACAUCUGCAAGCGAUCUGACUCAUAAAAUGAGAUAACCACAUGCUGACUGAAAGGUGGAGAGUAAUAGGAAGGGAAAAUGGUGGUUGCAAUCCACAACUAGCCGUUCCUUGGGGUGGUCCUUGAUUUUGUAAGGGUUACUUGUGUUUUCAUUCAGGCAAGGCAUUUCUCCAUUGACAGGCAGAAUAAUUUUUGUAAGUAUUGCACAACACUGCAGCAAAACUGUUGAUAUCUGAGAUGAGUGUACAUUUCCUUGCAAAGCCAAAACUGCUACUGACUUCAGUGGGAACAUCAGGUUGGGGAGGGAUGUAAGAGGGCCCUUAAAUUAGUUUAGAGAUGGGAAUACAACCAAUGUGUUGCAGGCUUUACUUUUAUUCUCUUUAUGUGCCUUGUGACAGAGUAUGACCUAAGUGGUUCUUUUCCCAAUUUCAUAAUUUUUUUUAUUAUGACACUUUCUAUAGAUCAGCCCCAUUUUCAAAUACAUUAAAGGGGUAAAGAUUAAUUGUUCAAACCAAGAAAGGGUUCUGCCUAGGGGAAACUACAAUGUAAGCAACUAAGACUAAAGUGGCGAAGUAAUACUAUUUCUCAUGCAGGGUAACUAAUAUCCGGAGUAGAUUAGUCAGAGAGCCAGCUGAAGCGGGAGGAGGGAGAGGUAGGCUUAUUAUAGAGGACUGGAGUAGGAUGUAAAAACAAGAAGUUGGAAUGGGGUGAAUUAAAAUCCAAGGUAAUACAUUUUAUGGGGAAAGAUGCUGUUAUUUGAUACUCAAAUUUAAGUCAACAGGGCCAAAAGCCCCUGCAUUUUGUUUGCAUGCAUCUAUAGUCCUCCAUCAUGUAUUUUUUCCUGCCCUUCAGCAAAAUUGUAUGUUACCUUUAAAGAGAAACAGCAAGGGAGUACAGCUUUAGAAUUCACUGAGAUUCCAUUAGUGCUCAUUUCAAGCUACAAAUUAUUAUUUUACAUAAACCAUGACAGGUACAUUAGCAAUCAGCUAAUGUAUUUCUAAAAUGUGUAGGGCUCAAAGUGUGAUGCUAAGAUGUACUAAAGGAUUGCAAUCUAAGAUUUUGAUGGAGUGCCAAUCAUUAAUAUCUAGAUUAUGCUUUGCAG